UCAGUACGUUUUGAGUUGUGCUUCGCGACGGUUGCUGAUCUUUCAAGUGCUACGACGAAUACGAAAUAUGAAAUACAAGUUUGCCACCAAUUGAGCAUCUAAGUGAACAACACUACAAAAAAAAUCAGAAAAUAAAAAACAAAAACGUCUCUGUAUUUGUCUCUAUCUCUGGCUGUGCCUCUAUCUCUCCGUGCCGUGUAUAAGUGUGUGUGUGUGUGCUAAGCUUUUACGCUCCCGCUCCCACUGCCGCUUCCAUUACCGCUCUACGCUCAAUACGCUCACGCUCCCGCUCACGAUCAAGUGUGCCGCCGUCUGUCAGUGUGUGCGUGCGACGACAGUGCCACCGUUUGUCAUUUUCAACUUGAACUAUGGUUCGCGCAUACGUAUAACAAAAAAAUUACGAACAACAACAACAAAACACAAAAUCAAACACACUAUAACAAUAUUUAAAAAUAAGUAUUUCGACAUUCCGACGUGGAAAUUAGGAGACACCACAAAAAAUAAAUACACAUUCAUACACACCUACGUAAUUUAGUCGUUAAACUUAGUGCCAAACCAAGCGAUAAUUGUGAUUAAUAACAACGAAAAUAUAUACAUACAUUCAUAUAACGAAAGCGAAAUAAACGAAAACGAGUACGAGUAACAAAAGACCAUAACAAAUAUCUAUAAUUUUGUUAAAGUCAUUAAAAUAACAACAAGCACACACAUUUUUCACGACACACAGUCAGCGAUUACCUCAUCUGUGUGAAAAUAUAGCAAGCAAAAUGGUAUCAAAAAGCAAUAAAAAGAAACAAGUGUCGCAGUCGCAGUCGCAGCAGCAGCAGCAGCAGCCGCCGCCAGCAACAUCGAGCACAACAACAUCAACAACGGCCUCGGCGACCAAAUUAACCAAAAAACUGGGGCCAAAUGCGAUGGCCACGCUAACAACCAACAGCAGCUCCACUUCCAUGGAACACGAAUCGGUCUCUUAUGGCAUACCAGAGACUGGUCCAAGCACCAGCACUGGGGGUGGUGGCACUCUAUUGGCUACGUCCUCCUCGACUGCUGCAGGCGGUAAAAGCUACAGCUCCAGUUCAUACACAUCGAAAUCUCAGUCACAGUCACAGCAAUCGGAGCAGCUAUAUCAUAGUAGCAGCACUAGCAAGAUCUCGAGGGAUUAUUCCAACGAGAAGAUCAUAUCAUCGAUUGAUCUGCUCGAAAGUGAAAAAAAGGAACCGGUCUUCUCUGUCCCCAUUGAGGUGGUCGAGAUCACAACACCUGGUGGCGGUGGCAGCAGCGGUGUCAUAAUGUCGUCUGCCAGUGGCAGCGGCAGCAUUUCCAAAAUGUAUGCCUCCUCGUCAAAAACGUCAAGUCAGCAGCAGGCGAGCUCAAGCUCCAGCUACUUUGAGUCGACAACCAGUUCGAGUCAGCAGCAGCAGCAGCUACAGCAACAGCAGCAGCAGAUACAGCAACAGCAACAGCGCAGCAGCAGCAGCAACAGCGCAAGCGAAACGCUCAUUGCAAGCGAGAGAGCGGCUACCGGUAUGACAUCAUCGUCGUCGCUGUCGAGCAGCAAAUAUGUAGAUGUUGCCGAACAGGUUGCUAUCGAUAGCAGCAACAGCAACAGAAUGAGCACGAACAUCAACACCAACACCAUCAAGAGCAGCAACAUGAAUACCAGUCAGAGUCACAGUCACAGCACAAACAUCAACAGCAGCAACGUCAGCAAUACUAACAUCAUCAGCAGCAGCAGCGAAUCUCAGAGCGUGGCCAAGUCAAAGCAGACUGAAUCAGCUGCUGUGGGUGCUUUGGAUACGUCAUCGUCAGCAACGACAACGAUGACGUCGUCACAGCGCAUGGUGCGCGAACCGGUCGCGACCACAACAAACGCGACCAACGCGGCGACGUCAUCAACGACCGACACACGACGUAACGAUAAAGUGGCCAGCACAGCUGUUAGUGCUAGUGAUGUGAAUGUGGACAGAGUAACGUCCAGCAACAAACAGGUCAGCGAAAGCACCAUCAAUCAGAGCAGCAGCACCAGCAAACAGUCGACAACGUCGUCCAAGAAAGAAGUCUACGAUGUGAAGACAAAAACCUGGAGCGAGUAUAGCGAUGGCAACUCACGGACCACCAACAAAAAGGCGCCUACAUUUGAGCGUUACGUUAGUAAGGAUUCGGAUGGCACUACGAAAGUGACAUUUAAGAAGAAGAUCUACGACAGACGCAACAAUAGGUGGCGCGUGGUCGAUGAGCGCACCGUGGACAGCACUAAUGAUGUGGGCUAUCCCGAAAUAGUCGAUGAUGUCAUAAAUACCACAACCACAACAUAUACGACAAAGGUGUACGAUACGAAGCUCGGCAAGUGGACGGUCGUCGACGAGAAAUCGUACACUGAUACGAAAGCCUUUGUACCGAAUGACAUUGCUCGUGAAAUCGAAAAAGAUAAUACCGAUGUGGCAAACAUAACGACCACCACUGAAGUGACAAAGAUAUUUGAUGCGAGCAUUAACGAUUGGCGCGUUUUGGACGAAAAGGUGCACACCGAUGUCAUUGAAAAAAUUGUGGAGGCUCCCAAAAAGACCAUAUAUGUUGACGAGUUUGUGGAAAUUGAAAAGAACACAUCCAUUUCGGAAAACAAUGAGAAUAUAACCUUGAAUCUGAACGAAACAUCGAAACACAAAAAUAUUACUGAGAAUAUUUAUGAUGAACUCGACUAUGUCCGGACUGACAAAAAGCGUUUAGACGAUUCAGUUACCCGUGGAGUCGAAAAAAACAAAUUCACGACACACAGCGAGCGGUGCAUUUGCGAAAUCUGCACUUGCGGACGUCAUCACUGUUCUACUAGCAAAACGAAAUCUACUGAAAACACCAUUGUCGAAGUAGAUGAUAACGUCGACGAAACUUACACAAGGAUACGGACAAACACUUGGUCAAAGAAAGAUGAACACACUUCCAAGAAAAAUGAAGAUAUUCUCGUUGAUUAUAUUGUCAUAAAGAAACCAGAAGAUAAUCUGAAAACCGGAGGUGAAUUCACAGCCCCAGAAAAAGAACCCUAUAGGCCAGGCGAAAAACGUGAGAAAAUCGUACAUACUGAUACUUUACGUUUGGAUGGAGAAAUGACUUUUGUAGAAAAAGAAGAGUAUCAAUUUGUUACCCGUCCUGGAUAUGUCAAGCCGUCAGAUAAUCUCAAACAAGAGGGAGAAUUCUAUAGCCCGGAGAAACCAAAGUACCAGCCUGGAGAACGUCCUUCUCAAGUAAGGCCAGAGGAUAACUUGAAAAACGAAGGAGAAUUUUAUGUACCAGAAAAACCUGGGUAUAGACCUGCAGAACGACCCGUUCAGAAAAAACCGGAAGAUAACUUGAAAAACGAGGGCGAAUUUUAUACUCCAGAAAAACCAGGAUAUAGACCUGCAGAGCGGCCUGUGCAAAAGAAGCCAGAAGAUAACUUAAGGAACGAAGGAGAAUUCUAUGUUCCAGAAAAACCGGGCUUUAAACCUGCAGAGAGGACUGAGAGAAUUAUAAGAAAAGAUAACCUGCGAAACGAAGGUGAAAUGACUUUCAUUGAGAGGGAAGAGUAUCAAUAUGUAGUUCGCCCAGAGCAGGUGAAGCCAACUGAUAACUUGAAGAACGAGGGUGAAUUUUACGCUCCAGAGAAACCUCAGUAUAGGCCAGGAGAGCGUCCGUCUCAAGUUAGACCCGAAGACAACCUUAAGAAUGAAGGCGAAUUCUAUACACCUGAGAAACCCAAAUUUAGACCUGCAGAACGUCCAGCUCAAGUCAGACCAGAAGAUAAUUUGAAAAACGAAGGUGAAUUCUAUGUUCCAGAGAAGCCUGGAUAUAAACCAGCCGAACGUCCUGUUCAAAAGAAGCCUGAAGAUAAUCUAAGGAAUGAAGGCGAAUUCUACGCUCCAGAGAAACCACAGUAUAGGCCAGGAGAGCGUCCCUCUCAAGUUAGACCCGAAGACAACCUUAAGAAUGAAGGCGAAUUCUAUACACCUGAGAAACCCAAAUUCAGACCUGCAGAACGUCCAUCUCAAGUAAGACCAGAAGAUAAUUUGAAAAACGAAGGUGAAUUCUACGUACCCGAGAAGCCUGGAUAUAAGCCAGCAGAACGCCCUGUCCAAAAGAAGCCUGAAGAUAAUCUAAAGAAUGAAGGCGAAUUUUACGCUCCAGAGAAACCACAGUAUAGGCCAGGAGAACGUCCCUCUCAAGUUAGACCCGAAGACAACCUUAAGAAUGAAGGCGAAUUCUAUACACCUGAGAAGCCCAAAUUCAGACCUGCAGAGCGUCCAUCUCAAGUAAGACCAGAAGAUAAUUUGAAAAACGAAGGUGAAUUCUAUGUACCCGAGAAGCCUGGAUAUAAGCCAGCAGAACGCCCUGUCCAAAAGAAGCCUGAAGAUAAUCUAAAGAAUGAAGGCGAAUUCUACGCCCCAGAGAAACCACAGUAUAGGCCAGGAGAGCGUCCCUCCCAAGUUAGACCUGAAGACAACCUUAAGAAUGAAGGCGAAUUCUAUACACCUGAGAAACCCAAAUUUAGACCUGCAGAACGUCCAGUUCAAAAGAAACCCGAGGACAAUUUAAAGAAUGAGGGAGAGUUCUACGCUCCAGAAAAGCCAAAGUAUGUGCCUGGAGAACGUCCGUCUCAAGUAAGACCAGAAGAUAACUUGAAAAAUGAAGGCGAUUUCUAUACCCCGGAGAAACCUCAAUUCAGGCCAGCAGAACGUCCAGUUCAGAAAAAACCUGAAGACAAUUUGAAGAAUGAAGGUGAAUUUUAUGUUCCAGAAAAACCAGGAUUUAGGCCUGCAGAAAGAAUUGAAAAAAUCAUCAGAAAGGAUAAUCUGCGCAACGAGGGAGAAAUGACGUUUGUAGAGAGGGAAGAGUAUCAAUAUGUUGUUCGACCAGAUCAAGUAAGACCCACUGAUAACUUAAAGAAUGAAGGGGAAUUUUACGCACCAGAGAAGCCUAAGUACAAGCCAGCGGAGCGCCCAGCCCAAGUCAGGCCAGAAGAUAAUUUGAAAAACGAAGGAGAAUUUUAUGUUCCUGAAAAACCAGGAUAUCAACCAGCCGAGAGAAUCGAAAGAAUUAUCAGAAAGGAUAACUUACGUAAUGAAGGUGAAAUGACGUUCGUGGAAAGAGAAGAAUAUCAGUAUGUUGUUCGUCCAGAGCAAGUCAGACCAAUCGACAAUUUGAAAAAUGAAGGAGAAUUCUACACACCCGAGAAACCGAAGUUCAAACCUGCAGAGCGUCCAGUUCAGAAGAAACCGGAGGAUAACUUGAAGAAUGAGGGAGAAUUCUACGCACCUGAGAAACCGAAAUACACACCGGGAGAAAGACCUAGUCAAGUUAGACCAGAGGAUAACUUGAAGAAUGAAGGCGAGUUUUACACUCCAGAGAAACCUCAAUUUCGGCCUGCAGAACGUCCAGUUCAAAAGAAACCGGAGGAUAACUUGAAGAAUGAGGGAGAAUUUUACGCUCCGGAGAAACCGAAAUACACACCGGGAGAAAGACCGAGUCAAGUUAGACCAGAAGAUAACUUAAAAAAUGAGGGCGAAUUCUAUGCACCAGAAAAACCACAAUUCCGACCUGCAGAACGGCCAGUUCAAAAAAAACCAGAGGACAAUUUGAAAAAUGAAGGUGAAUUCUACGCUCCCGAGAAGCCCAAGUAUACACCCGGUGAACGGCCAAGUCAAGUGAGACCAGAAGAUAAUUUGAAGAAUGAGGGUGAAUUCUAUACUCCAGAGAAACCUAAGUACAGGCCUGCAGAAAGACCAACUCAAGUACGGCCGGAGGAUAAUUUGAAAAAUGAAGGAGAAUUCUAUGUUCCAGAGAAACUAGGAUAUCGACCAGCAGAGAAAAUUGAAAGAAUUAUCAGAAAGGAUAACUUGCGUAAUGAGGGAGAAAUGACGUUUGUGGAGAGAGAAGAAUAUCAAUAUGUUGUUCGCCCAGAACAAGUGAGACCAACUGAUAACUUGAAGAAUGAAGGCGAAUUUUACACUCCGGAGAAACCGAAAUUCAGGCCAGCAGAGCGUCCAGUUCAGAAGAAGCCUGAGGAUAAUCUAAAGAAUGAAGGAGAGUUUUACGCACCGGAGAAGCCUAAAUACAUGCCAGGAGAACGACCAAGUCAAGUUAGACCAGAAGAUAACUUGAAGAAUGAAGGCGAAUUCUACACUCCAGAGAAACCUCAAUUUAGGCCAGCAGAACGUCCAGUCCAAAAGAAACCGGAGGAUAACUUGAAGAAUGAGGGAGAAUUCUACGCUCCAGAGAAACCUAAAUACACACCCGGAGAGAGACCGAGUCAAGUUAGACCAGAGGAUAACUUGAAGAAUGAAGGCGAAUUUUACGCACCAGAGAAACCUCAAUUCAGACCUGCAGAGCGUCCAGUCCAAAAGAAACCGGAGGAUAACUUGAGAAAUGAGGGAGAAUUUUACGCUCCUGAGAAGCCGAAAUACAUGCCUGGAGAACGACCGAGUCAAGUUAGACCAGAAGAUAACUUGAAAAAUGAGGGUGAGUUCUAUACACCUGAGAAACCACAGUUCCGGCCUGCAGAACGUCCAGUUCAAAAGAAACCGGAGGAUAAUUUGAAGAAUGAGGGAGAAUUCUACGCUCCCGAGAAGCCCAAGUAUACACCCGGUGAACGGCCAAGUCAAGUUAGACCAGAAGAUAAUUUGAAGAAUGAGGGCGAAUUCUACGCUCCAGAGAAACCUAAAUACACACCCGGAGAGAGACCGAGUCAAGUUAGACCAGAGGAUAACUUGAAGAAUGAAGGCGAAUUUUACGCACCAGAGAAACCUCAAUUCAGACCUGCAGAGCGUCCAGUCCAUAAGAAACCGGAGGAUAACUUGAAGAAUGAGGGAGAAUUCUACGCUCCGGAGAAACCGAAAUACACACCGGGAGAGAGACCGAGUCAAGUUAGACCAGAAGACAAUUUGAAAAAUGAGGGCGAAUUUUAUGCUCCAGAAAAACCACAGUUCCGGCCUGCAGAACGUCCAGUUCAAAAGAAACCGGAGGAUAAUUUGAAGAAUGAGGGAGAAUUCUACGCUCCCGAGAAGCCCAAGUAUACACCCGGUGAACGGCCAAGUCAAGUUAGACCAGAAGAUAAUUUGAAGAAUGAGGGCGAAUUCUAUACUCCAGAGAAACCUAAGUACAGGCCUGCAGAAAGACCAACUCAAGUUAGGCCGGAGGAUAAUUUGAAAAAUGAAGGAGAAUUCUAUGUUCCAGAGAAGCCAGGAUAUCGACCAGCAGAGAAAAUUGAAAGAAUUAUCAGAAAGGAUAACUUGCGUAAUGAGGGAGAAAUGACGUUUGUGGAGAGAGAAGAAUAUCAAUAUGUUGUUCGCCCAGAGCAAGUGAGACCAACUGAUAACUUGAAGAAUGAAGGCGAAUUUUACACUCCGGAGAAACCGAAAUUCAGGCCGGCGGAGCGUCCAGUUCAAAAGAAGCCUGAGGAUAAUCUAAAGAAUGAAGGAGAGUUUUACGCACCGGAGAAGCCUAAAUACAUGCCAGGAGAACGACCAAGUCAAGUUAGACCAGAAGAUAACUUGAAGAAUGAAGGCGAAUUCUACACUCCAGAGAAACCUCAAUUUAGGCCAGCAGAACGUCCAGUUCAGAAGAAACCAGAAGACAAUUUGAGGAACGAAGGUGAAUUCUACGCCCCGGAGAAGCCGAAAUACAUGCCUGGAGAACGACCAAGUCAAGUUAGACCAGAAGAUAACUUGAAGAAUGAAGGCGAAUUCUACACUCCAGAGAAACCUCAAUUUAGGCCAGCAGAACGUCCAGUUCAGAAGAAACCAGAAGACAAUUUGAGGAACGAAGGUGAAUUCUACGCCCCGGAGAAGCCGAAAUACAUGCCUGGAGAACGACCAAGUCAAGUUAGACCAGAAGAUAACUUGAAGAAUGAAGGCGAAUUCUACACUCCAGAGAAACCUCAAUUUAGGCCAGCAGAACGCCCAGUUCAGAAGAAACCCGAGGACAACUUGAAAAAUGAAGGAGAAUUCUAUGUGCCAGAGAAACCAGGAUAUAGACCAGCGGAAAGGACUGAAAAAAUCAUUCGUCAGGAUAACUUGCGUAACGAAGGCGAAAUGACAUUUGUAGAGAAAGUAGAGUAUCAAUAUGUUGUUCGACCUGAACAAGUUAAGCCAACCGAUAACUUGAAGAAUGAAGGAGAAUUCUAUGCACCGGAAAAGCCCAAGUACUUGCCUGGAGAACGACCAAGCCAAGUCAGACCAGAAGAUAAUUUGAAGAACGAGGGCGAAUUCUACACACCCGAGAAACCAAAAUUCCGACCUGCAGAGCGUCCAGUUCAGAAGAAACCGGAGGACAACUUGAAGAAUGAAGGCGAUUUCUACGCUCCAGAGAAGCCCAAAUAUAUACCAGGAGAACGGCCAAGUCAAGUUAGACCCGAAGAUAACUUGAAGAACGAGGGAGAAUUUUACACACCAGAGAAACCCAAGUUUAAGCCCGCAGAACGUCCAAUCCAGAAGAAGCCCGAGGACAAUUUGAAAAAUGAAGGGGAAUUUUAUGUACCAGAGAAACCAGGAUUUAGACCAGCAGAGAAAACUGAAAGAAUCAUUCGAAAGGAUAACUUGCGCAACGAAGGUGAAAUGACGUUUGUGGAGAAAGUAGAGUAUCAAUAUGUUGUUCGACCUGAACAAGUUAAGCCAACCGAUAACUUGAAGAAUGAAGGAGAAUUCUAUGCACCGGAAAAGCCCAAGUACUUGCCUGGAGAACGACCAAGCCAAGUCAGACCAGAAGAUAAUUUGAAGAACGAGGGCGAAUUCUACACACCCGAGAAACCAAAAUUCCGACCUGCAGAGCGUCCAGUUCAGAAGAAACCGGAGGACAACUUGAAGAAUGAAGGCGAUUUCUACGCUCCAGAGAAGCCCAAAUAUAUACCAGGAGAACGGCCAAGUCAAGUUAGACCCGAAGAUAACUUGAAGAAUGAGGGCGAAUUCUACACACCCGAGAAACCCAAGUUUAAACCGGCUGAACGUCCAGUUCAGAAGAAACCAGAAGACAAUUUGAAGAAUGAAGGCGAAUUUUAUGCUCCGGAAAAACCAAAAUACAUGCCUGGUGAACGACCAUCUCAAGUUAGACCAGAAGAUAACUUGAAGAAUGAAGGCGAUUUCUACACUCCAGAGAAACCUAAAUUCCGGCCUGCAGAACGUCCAGUUCAAAAAAAACCUGAAGACAAUUUGAGGAAUGAAGGCGAAUUCUAUGUUCCAGAAAAACCAGGAUUUAGGCCUGCGGAGAAAAAUGAAAGAAUCAUUCGGAAAGACAACUUGCGCAACGAAGGUGAAAUGACGUUUGUGGAGAAAGAAGAAUAUCAAUAUGUUGUUCGACCGGAACAGGUUAGGCCAACAGACAAUUUGAAAAAUGAAGGAAAAUUUUACGCUCCUGAGAAACCUAAGUAUUUGCCCGGUGAACGCCCGUCUCAAGUUAAGCCUGAAGAUAACUUAAAGAAUGAAGGCGAAUUCUAUACACCAGAAAAGCCCAAGUUCAAGCCUGCCGAACGACCAGUUCAAAAGAAGCCGGAAGAUAAUUUAAAGAAUGAAGGGGAAUUCUAUGCGCCUGAGAAACCUAAGUAUAGGCCAGGAGAUCGUCCAUCCCAAGUCAGACCAGAAGAUAACUUGAAAAAUGAAGGCAAGUUCUACGUUCCUGAAAAACCUGGCUUCAAACCUGCUGAGCGACCUGUUCAAAAGAAACCAGAGGAUAACUUGAAAAAUGAAGGAGAAUUCUUUACUCCAGAGAAACCAAAGUAUAGGCCAGCAGAAAAAACGGAAAGAAUCAUCAGAAAAGACAACUUACGUAAUGAGGGGGAAAUGACCUUUACUGAAAAGAAGGAGUACCAAUAUGUUGUUCGUCCGGAACAGGUUAGGCCAACGGAUAACUUGAAGAACGAAGGAGAAUUCUACGCUCCAGAAAAACCUGGCUUUAAGCCUGCAGAAAGACCUAAACAAAAGAAACCGCAAGAUAAUUUGAAAACUCCUGAGGGCAAAAUGUAUAUUCCUGAAAAGGAAGAAUUUAAACCUGCAGACAAGGUCAAGACUAUUAUCAGGAAAGAUAACUUAAAGAAUGAGGGCACAAUGACAUUUACAAAGAAAGAAGAAUACCAUUACACAACUAGACCCGAUCAGGUAAAGCCAAGUGAUAACUUAAAGAUGGAUGGACCAUUUUAUGCGCCUGAGAAACCUACAUUCAAACCUGCAGAGCGACCGACUCAGAAAAAACCCAAGGAUAAUUUGAAACAAGAAGGUGAAUUUUAUAAAAGAACUGAUAGAACUGAAACCGAUAGUACUACACUGGAGACUGUUAGAAGGGAGACACCAAAGCGACCGGUGGAUAAUUUGAAGUUAGAAGGUCCUAUGUCAGUGACAAGAAAAGAUGAUUACAAAACGACUUCUAAUAAGACUACAGUGGAUAGGGUUCAGCGAACACAGAAAUACAAACAUAAUAGCUCAUCGAUUAGUUUGGGAACGGAUACAACCAUUCUAAAAACAACCAACCAGAUGAACUUUGUGUCUGGCAAGGAUGCAGUUAAACAAACGGAUGCCAACAGCCAGAAUCCAGUCGACGGCCUUAUAAUUGUAUCUACAAAGAAGGUCACCACUGUAGUUGGUGGUCGAGCUAAAAAGGAACCGGAAACCGAGUAUGUGAAGAGACCAGCAAAAAUAAAUGUCAUCGAGAAUGUGUCAAAGAAAUCGACUACAACCAAUAUUGAGAAUACUCAGAACAUACAUAAAGAGACAACAUCGAUGCAAAGAAAUCUCAAUAUUGUUGAUAAAUCAACAGUAAAUUCUGAAAGGAUUCGCGGAUCGACAAUUGACAGAAACGCCCUUGAGUCCUCCACAUCGACAACAAAUCAAGGCAGUUCAGUAAUCAACAAUGUAACUGGAACUGGAGGCUCAACAACUCACUUAGUUUCUAGUAAGAAUGUUAAUGGAGGAACUACGUCUCAUGUGGUCGGUGGAAGUUCGAUAGUUAAGAAUGUGACAGAUAGCUCAAGUUCUAGAGUGAUUGAAAACAGUUCCGUAACGAAGAACAUCACAUCACGUAACCAACAUUCAGUUACAAAUAAUAUUACUGGUAGCACCACCCAUCAUGUAACUGGCAACAAUAUUACUGGUGGCACUACAACCCAUGUAUCUGGUAAUAAUAUUACUGGUAGCUCAACCCAACAUGUAACAGGCAAUAAUAUUACCGGUGGCUCUACAACCCAUGUGUCUGGUAAUAACAUCACAGGCAGCACCACACAUCACGUAACUGGCAGCAAUACCACGACCAAUAACAUUACCAACAGCUCAACGUCCCAUGUGUCCUCAUCCAAGCACUUCCAUCACAGAAAGAGCGAAUUCUCUUCCGAAGCCGAUGUCUCCAAUUCCAUAUUCCAUCGCAAGAACGUGACAAACGAUUCAAAUGCAGUCAACAGCAGCCUGACCUCGACUGGCAAGAUGCAGCGCAAGAGUAUUCUAAAUCUACACGAGCAACCCUCGAGCCAAUCUAAUGAUCGCCAGAGCUACAGCAGCAUUCAUCGCCAGAAUAGGGAGACAGACUUGAAUACUAGCUAUUCUACUGAUCGUCGCAGCUGCAGUGUACAUAAGGAGAACAAGGAGCAUCAGACAAAGAGCUCCUCUUCGACCAACAUGUCUCGCAUCAUAUCUGGAGGCGUUGACAACGGAAAUGCUAACAGAUCAAACCUGGAAAGGACGACGGUCACCCGCUCCUACGUCUCGGGAGGCAUUGACUUCCCCUCCCAAUCGCAUACUGAAAGACAUGUAACACGUCAUCGUGGAAGCGGUAGCCAGCAUGUGUCCAGUGGUAUCGAUUUUCCCUCCUCCUCCUAUAACGCCCAUAGUCAUACGGAACGUGUCAUGACCUCACGUCGUGGCAAUCAAUCCUCUAUUAGUUUGGGCAACGACAAGUUCACUGGUUCCAGUCUCUAUAAGAGCGAAUAUAUAACUGCCCCAACAACGACAACCUGUGCUGUGCAUAAGAUUAAACAAGGUGCAUUCCAACAUACCAGAAGUACUCACGAUCAUAAGUUCUAUAAGACCUCCAAUUAGGGGAUCUGCGCAUAUCGUUUGUACGUCUUGUCUUGUCUUCUUUACACAUAUCAUAAUCGUAUCUUAGUGCCUAAGAUUCCAUGACAAUAUUUUUUAUACAAUAACUAAUACUUACCUAAUAAAUAAAAAUAAAGCAAAAACAAAACAACAAUUGAAAUAUUACAACAUUAACAAAUAAAGCAAAAAUUCAAAAAUCA